CUUCAUUGGACGCUUCAAAAGCUUCCUAUACUAUAAAAGGCAGUUGAUGAAGAGGAGCAAGUCUGAAGUUCAUUCUCUGAUCAUUAACACUCAAGAAGAGCUAACCUACAAAGAUUCUUUCCUUCCAGAAUUAGGGUUCCCUAUUGGAUCGAAUCGAACUUACAGCAAUUGUUGGUACAAUAAUGGAGGUCAUCAGAAGGGCAUCUCAUGCUGGCUCAUGGUACACCGAUAAUCCUAGAAAGCUUGAAGAAGAACUCGAUGGGUGGCUGAAUGCUGCUGGAUUGCCAAAGUCAUCUGAUGUUCGUGGAGUCAUUGCUCCGCACGCAGGUUACUCGUAUUCUGGCCGCGCAGCCGCCUAUGCAUUUGGAAAUAUCGACCCUACUAACAUUUCUCGGGUAUUCCUUCUUGGCCCAUCUCAUCACUAUUAUACUCCCAAAUGUGCUUUGUCAACUGCUACUGUUUACAAAACUCCAAUUGGGGACUUACCUAUUGAUCAGGAAGUGAUUGAGGAGCUUAAAGCUACAGGAAAAUUCGAGUUGAUGGAUCUUCGUGUCGACGAGGCAGAACACAGCAUGGAGAUGCACUUACCUUAUUUGGCCAAAGUAUUUAAAGGGCACCAAGUGAAGGUUGUGCCCAUUCUGGUUGGUGCUUUAAAUGCCGAGAGUGAAGCCAAGUACGGGAAGUUGCUGGCAAAAUACAUUGAUGAUCCCAAAAACUUCUUUUCUGUGUCCUCAGAUUUCUGCCACUGGGGCACACGGUUCAAUUACACACACUAUGACAACAAACAUGGUGCGAUAUACAAGUCCAUUGAGGCCCUGGAUAAGAUGGGCAUGGACAUUAUCGAGACAGGAGACCCAGAUUCAUUCAAAAAGUAUUUGCUGGAGUUUGAGAAUACCAUCUGUGGACGCCAUCCCAUCGGUGUUUUCCUCCAUAUGACAAAGAACUGCUCAACUAAGAUAAAGAUACAGUUCCUUCGAUACGAGCAAUCGAGUCAGUGCAAAACCAUGAGAGAGAGCAGCGUCAGCUACGCAUCUGCAGCAGCAAAGGUGGAUGGCGAGUGAAAGAUGGUGUAGAAGUAGAAGUGUGGUCUGUAAUUUGUGUGGAAAUAUGUUCCUGCGAAUUUGGAAAGACAAAAGACGAGCAUUAAUUGCAUAUUAAUAGUGGGCCGGCAAGAACGAAGUUGUGACUUUUGUCCAUUACAUACAUGCCACUAUUCCAGUGUCAAUUAUGCAAAUGAUCACUAAACCUUAACUUUUAACAGAAUGAUCACUCAACUUUACACCUUGAAUCAAAUUGGUUACUCAAU